AACACUGGUACGGCACAGCAGACGCAACGCACGAGUAGAGUGAGCAGACGCCGGUGGCUGAUCGUGGACAGUGGUCUCCUCAUCAAGAAAGCUUUGUCCCUGUGUGCUGCAUUGUCAUCAGUAGUGUUAUAUUCAGAAUGGCGUCCAAGGUGAUCAGGAAGGUGGUGUCGAGUGCCAAGGCUCCUGCUGCCAUCGGGGCGUACAGCCAGGCAGUGCAGGCAGGCAACACUCUAUAUAUCUCAGGCCAAUUGGGGCUUGAUACAGCCACGCUGAAUCUCGUUAGUGAAGAUGUGGUGGAGCAGACCCGCACUGCCCUCACCAACAUGGGGCACAUUCUGGAGGCUGCUGGCUGCACAUACAAGCAUGUGGUCAAGACAACUGUACUUCUAGCAGAUAUCAAUGACUUUGCAAAGGUGAAUGAGGAAUAUUCCAAAUUUUUCACUGAAUCCAAGCCUGCUCGAGCUGCUUACCAAGUGGCCAACCUGCCCAAGGGUGGACGUGUGGAGAUCGAAGCCAUAGCAAUUGUAGGAGAGUUGGAUGCACAGUAAGAAGCGGUGCCAACAGCUAUCCCUACAACAGUGCCGAUAAUAUCCCAACUGUCAUCAUGCUGCCACAUCACUGUCACCUUCACAUAUGCUAUUUUUUUAAUUGUAUCUUUUCUUCUUGACUGCUCAUUUUCUAAACAUCUUGUGGCACUUGAAAGAAAGUAGAAUACAGAAAUCUAUUUGAAUGCAAAGACAAUUAAAUGCAUAGCUCAACUAUAGAAUAGUUAUAUUUUUAUAGAUUUUUUUAAGUACAUAUGUACUUACAUUGAACAAUAGUUAUUUGUUUCAAAUAUCUUUUUUGUAGCAUGUAAUACUGAAUUGACUGGAAACAGGGCUCAGUUUUAUUGCCAAUUAUUUAGCUUUAUAAAAUAUUGAAAAGAAUGUAAUUUAUUGGAUAAUAUUAUAAAAGGCAUUUUUUUUUAUAGUUGUUCCUUCAGAUGCAUCAUGGAAGGUCAUAACAUUUUAAAAGCAGUGAAGUAUAUUUUGAGUGAUGUAUAUUCAGUACAUAGACCUAUAUCAGGGAUGAUGCAUGUCCCAUAAAGCAACAGUAUAGCUAAUGGUACUUUGAUGCAUCUAAUGCAUUAUACAUAUUAGGAAGAAAUGGCAAAAGUUCUGCCAUUGGUACAAUCAGAUUAUAGACAACCAGUAGCCAUUAUAUUUGUGCCAUUAUAUUUGUGUAAACAAAAGUGGCUUAAGAUGGAAUAUAGUUUACUUCACAUUAAUGUUAUCUUAUAUUGGUACAUCCUUAGCUAUAAGACAUCCAAAUAAAACAGUACAAGUCUUCCUA